AUGGGCUUUAAAGAUGAUUGUAGUGUGAAUUGGGAAAUGGUUUUCAUAAAACAGAUACUGGUUUUAGAAAAUUUCUGGAAAGUUACUGGUUUUAGUAAAUUACUGGAAAAAAUGGGAGACCAAACUCUAAAUCUAAAUGCUAUUGCUACUGCCACACCAACCCCCGCGGUUGGCUUUAUAAGCAAUGUUGCCUCCUCCAGUCGUACUGCCCCAGCACCGACUCCGGCAGAAGCCCGAAAAUACAUUAACGAAGAAGUUCCGGUUCUAUCCAAAUCAACUCCUGAAAAUGAACGUUCCAGUAAGAUUGAGGCUUGGAAGCACUCCGAUUUUUUGUGUAAGAUCUAUAUACUUAGCGGACUGGAGGAUGAUCUUUUCAACAUCUAUAGUAAUGUGGGAACUUCGAAAGAACUAUGGGAUGCGUUGGUAAAGAAACAUAAAACUGAGGAUGUCGGAUUGAAAAAGUUUAUAGCCGCCAAGUUCUUGGACUACAAAAUGGUAGACAACAAGUCUGUUGUUACUCAAGUUCAAGAGUUACAGUGGCGUGUUUCAAGUUGUGGUAGUAGAGAAGUUGUCUUCUUUAUGGAAGGACUUCAAAAAUUACUUGAAACACAAACGAAAGGAGAUGACGCGGGACAUCCUAUCAUUCGGUUGAGAAUCGAGGAAGAUAACAAGGCGGCAGAAAAGAAGGCUAAUGAGAGAUUAGCAAUAGGGGGAGCACCUAUUGUUGAAAUUUCUCCAACGAAUCCGAAAAAGAGGAAAAAUGCUUCAGGACCAAAGAACUAUCCCAUCAAGAAGAAAUUCAAGGGAAACUACCACAAUUGUGGGAAAAGUGGACACAAAAAUGCAGAUUGUCGAGCUCCGAAGAAGGAAAAGAAAAAGGGUCAAGCAAAUAUGGUUGAAAUAAAUGAAGACAUUGAUGACUUGUGCGCUAUGCUGUCUGAGUGCAAUUUAAUGGAAAAUCCUAAAAAGUGGUGGAUUGACUCUAGAGCCACUUGUCAUAUUUGUGCAGUUAGAGAAGAAUUUGCUUUAUAUGCUCCCUCCGAACUCGAUGAGACCAUAUUUAUGGGAAAUUCUACAACGUACCAAGAUUGA